CCCCUUCUGAACAACAUCGGCACGACCAGGUUCGGCGUCUUGAGCUGGAGGUGCUGAUGCACGGUGCUUCCGAAGGCGCACUCGGGGUGCGUGUUUUCCAAGAUGUGCCGGCAACGGGAAAGGGUGCUUGCGACAUAUGCGGCUCCCCGAUGGUGUUCGAAAAGACGAUGAGGAAGGGCAAGCAGGCCACGCUACAGUUUCACCGCGACGAGAAACGAACGGACGCUGACGAUUCCAGCAGGGGCAGCGACAUGGAAAGCGGGGAGGACAGCAGUAGCAGCAGCGAUGGUAUGUAGCGAUGAUGAUAACGAGGAGGAAGAUGACGACGAUGGUCUCCUACAAUUUGAGCAGCUAUCGGACAAGAAUGAUACGUGAAAGUGGUUGUAGGUUUGCCACGCCAGCCGUGUCAGCGUUAGCAGGAAGAAAGGAAGAGCCCACGACAAACGACGACGACGGCGACAGCUGGCUGGGAAGACUGCGAGGGACACCUCGACUCAAGAGGUCAUGGUUUGGUGAUAUAUGUACGGACAGGAACCGCCAUCUACUAUUGCAUGGCCUUGUUUCCCCCUGGAGUAUGACGUGUUGGUAUCGAGCACAGCACAUGCUACCGUCGGAUGGUAUUGAGUCGAAGCAGGGGAUAGUGUUCUGGUUGCCGACAGCGACGAGGCGUGGCGUAGAUUAUCGCGAGCAGUGCGUUUUCGCGCCAAUGCGAAGAAACAUCUGUCGUUGACCUCUGAGCCGACAAGGGCAUAUGGAGCAAACUCGGCUUGGGUUGUUGAAUCCACCAUGUCGUUUGCGUGAGGCACAGGAAUGACGGCAGCAUAGGCAAGGAACGAAGGA